AUGGACCGAACACUCUUACUCGCUCUCAUACUCUUCACGGCGGUCGCCAUCGCCGAAACUGACCACAACCUCACCUCCCGUCAGCCGUCAUGGUCAACUGCCGUGGAGGAAUCCGAUCUACUCUCACCGGACGUCUCUGUUCCCGACUCCGACGGCGGUUUCUCUUCAAUGGACAGCAUGUUGCACUGGGCAAUAAGUCAUUCUGAUCCAGAAAAGUUAAAGGAAUCAGCACAGGUUCACGAAGGAUUAUCACCUAGCGAACUUCAAAAGCGUCAAAUGGAAAUCAAGGAAUUAAUGGAGAAAACAAAAAUGUUAUCUGAUGCUGAUUUGAUGAAAAUUGCUAUAAGUGAUUUGAAUAAUGUGUCUAUAUCUUUGGAAGAUCGAUACCGAGCCUUGCUCGAGCUUCUCGAGCUUGUUGAACCGUUGGAUAAUGCAAAUGAUUUGAACAAACUUGGUGGGAUUUAUGCUCUCGCGCGGGAACUUAAUCACGCUGAUCCGGGUAUUAGGGCUCUUGCUGCAUGGGUUCUUGGAAAAGCUAGUCAAAACAAUCCAACUGUUCAGCAGCAGGUCUUGGAACAUGGUGUACUCUCGAAGUUAAUAGUUAUGGUAAAAUCUGAUUCCAUCGAAGAAGGCAUUAAAGCCUUAUAUGCUGUUUCAGCUUUGAUUCGGAAUAAUUUAGCUAGUCAGGAAUUGUUCUAUGCUGAAGAUGGUGGUUUGAUGCUUCAGGAUAUUUUGAGGAAUGCAAGUAUUGAUAUCAAACUAAGGAGGAAGGCUGUGCUUCUAUUGACUGAUUUAGCAGAGUAUCAAUUAGAAAACGUUGACAAGGAUGAACCAUCAUUUUUCAAUGGCCGGGAUCUGUUGAAGUCUGUGGUUGAUUUAACUGCUUCAACCGAACUCGAUCUCCUUGAAAAGGCACUUGUCGCGAUUAAGAGUCUCUUGCAACUAAAGACCACAGAAGCUCGAGUUUUCAGGGACUUCUGUGAGCUAGGUGAUGCACUGAACAGAAUGAAACAAUUGUUGAAUAAUUUGAUGAGGGAUGAGGAUCAGAGAGACUAUGUAAUGGAUGUCGAAAACGUUCGUACUGAAGUGGAAAAUAUUUUCCAUAGAAAGCUGAUAAAGUAG